AUGACCAUCCACAUCUCCAGCCAUCCCUGCCUCCAGGCAAAGCUCUCCCAGUUGCGCUCCCACACCACUUCCACCCGUGAAACCGGCAAUCUGGUCACCGAGAUCUCCACCAUCUUGGGCGUUGAAGCUCUAGCCAGCUUAUCUGCUGUGUCGGGGAAGACAGACAAAACCCCUCUGGGAAUUGAAUAUGAAACUCGCGAGGUCCCCACCAACCUGGCCAUCGUCCCGAUUCUCAGGUCGGGAUUGGGCAUGACCGAUGCAAUCAACUCCCUCCUCCCCACCCCCGUCCCAAUUUACCACCUCGGCCUCUUCCGCGAACGCUCCACCCUCCAACCCGUCGAAUACUACAACAACCUCCCCUACCACCGCGACACCUCCUCCAUCACAACUCCCACCCCAGCAGCAACCAACACCGCCGCCGCCGAGACCGCCAUCCUGCUGGACCCCGUCAUUGCCACGGGCGCCACUGCCGAAGCGGCCAUCCAUCUGCUGCACGAAUGGGGCGUGAAGCGGGUGAUUAUGAUUAGUGUGCUUGCGUCGGAGGAAGGGGUUAAGAGGGUGCAGGAGAGUUGGGAGGGGGGUGUUGAGGUUUGGGUUGCCGGGGUUGAUGUUAGGUGUGAUGAGAGGGGAAUGAUUGUGCCUGGGUUGGGGGAUAUUGGGGAUCGGUUGUUUGUUGCUGUUGGGAAGUGA